AUGGCUCAACACCAGCCGCUCCUGCAGCUGCUUCGCGGCCCUCGUGGCAAGCUCUGGGAGGUCUGCAUUGGCUUGGAGGUGCACGCACAGGUGCUCAGUCGCUCAAAGCUCAUGAGCGGCUCUGCAGCAGCCACGCUCUCGUCGGUGCGACCCAAUCGCCACGUCAGUUUCUUGGACGCUGCGGUACCCGGUACAUUACCGGUAAUAAACCGCGAGUGUGUCCAUCAAGCGAUUCGCACGGCUCUUGCACUGGACGCCACUGUUCAUCUGCGCUCUCUAUUUGAGCGUAAACACUAUUUCUACUGCGACCUGCCGCUGGGCUAUCAACUGACGCAGCAGCGAGCGCCUGUGGCGUCCGGAGGCGCGUUGCGCUUUGAUGUCGCGCUGUCGAAUGUCGUGAGUGAACACGGAGGCGCGUGGGCGUCAAGCGAGACGACGUUUGAUGCGUCCAAGUUCAAGUCGAGGAAGGAGAAGAACGAGGCGCGGACCAAAUGGAAGACAGAGCAGCUGAGCAAGCAACAGGACGUGAUUUCAAGAAGGGUUCGGAUUUGUCGUAUUCAGCUGGAGCAGGAUUCAGGUAAGAGUAAUCACGACUUAGAGGAGGAGCAUACUGUAGUGGACUUGAAUCGUGCUGGUACGGCGCUGUUGGAAAUCGUGAUGGAACCGGAUUUGCGAAGUCCGCUCGAAGCUGGCCAGGUGAUGCGCCAGCUGCAGCAUUUGCUGCGACAUUUGGAUGUGUGUGAUGGAAAUAUGGAGGAAGGAUCGAUGCGAUGUGAUUUGAAUGUGAGCGUGCGACCGACUCAUCUUGGAGUGGACGCUGAUGCAGAGACUCUUUAUCGCGCGUUGACGUCCGCCACUGCAGCUCCUUUUGGCGAAAGAGUGGAGGUGAAGAAUAUGAACAGUAUCCGCAACAUGGUGCGUGCAGCCGAAUACGAGGCCAGACGGCAGAUCGCACUCAUCGAAGACAAAGGUGGAGAAGUACAUCGUGAAACGCGCUCUUUUGAUGCCUUUUCAGGAGAAACUAGACGCAUGCGAUCAAAAGAGGGGGCAAAAGACUAUCGUUUCUUUCCCGAUCCGGAUUUGCCUCCGCUCGUUUUUACAAAAGAAGUUAUCGAGGAAAUUAGUCAAGACAUGCCGGAACUUCCUGACGCGCUCGAAAGUCGAUUGCGCGCCCAGUACGGUCUUACUUCUUAUGAAAGUUCGGUACUGGUGAACGAACCUGGUGCAACACGCUACUUCGAGUCAGUUGCAGCACAGGAGUCGCGACCUUCGAAGAUGGUUGCAAAUUGGGUGCUGAACGAUUUGUUCGGACAUUUGAAAGCAUCUAAGGGCAACAUUGUCAGCAGUCCGGUUGAAGCCACGGAGCUUGGUUAUCUCAUUGAUCUGAUCCAGGACGGCACCAUAUCGGGCAAAAUCGCAAAGGAUGUCCUAGAGUUGAUGUUUUACGAAAACGAGACCAGAAAAACGCCGCUGCAAAUCGUAGAAGAGCGGGGGUGGAGGCAGAUUCAGGAUGUUGCUGAGAUUCGUGCACACUGUCGUGCUGUCCUCGAUGACCCGAAUGCAAAGAAGAAUUUGGAGGCAUACCAGAACGGUAAAACACAGCUUUUUGGUUUUUUUAUCGGCCAAGUGAUGAAGUGUUGUGACGGCCGAGUUCACCCGGAGCUUGCGAACAGCGUGAUGCAAGAGAUUCUUGACGAGCGCAGGGAAUAG